AUGCUGGAGGAAGGACGAGAGGCCGAAGCCCUUGAGGAAAACGCUCCAAACGACGGCUGUGAGCACUCCAGCGAAGAAGAAGAAGAAGAAGAAGAAGAGGAGGACAAAAAAGUGUGUAAGGAGCAGCAAGAGGAGGGAGCUGCUGAGAGUAACCCGGCAGCCCUGGACUGCAGUGGCUCCAGACCCCUGCUGAUGGACUCCGAAGACGAGGAAGAGCAGGGACCUCAGUCAGCCCCUAACCCCAGCGCUGCACCACUGCAGCCACCUGAAAGCCUCCAACAACCCCCACACACCAACUAUGGCCAGAACCACUCCCCACAAGCCCCCGUGGAUGUCUUCUCCAAAGCGCCCUUUCCCAGUGUGCAGGAGGACAUGGCCGACGUGUUUGCCAACGCCCCGUUCCCGCGCGCCCCGCUGGCCUCUCAGCCGCACUUCGACGUGUUCGCACAGGCUCCUUUCGGAAAGAGGAAGGAGUCCUCGGCCACGCAUCCCAAGACCUCCUACCCCCAAGCAGCCGCAGCUCAGGCGCUCGCCUCUGACCAAGGAGUGCUGGGACAAGUUGCCCAACAACCAUUCCACCCUCAAGCUCUAGCCAAAUACUCUCGACACUUUGAGGGCCCCGUCCCCCAGCAGCCAGUAGCGUCUCACAGAGCAGCGUCCACCGCCGGCAGGCCAGCCUCCGGAGCCCCGGCCCCCGCCGACCCUCACCACUCAUGGACCUUAGACUCAAACACUGUAGACCCCUUCGUCUCCGCCCCCUUUCACCUAAAGGCCCCGCAGGAAAAGCCUUAA